AUGCUUUCGCUGCCGCUGACAUUAAGAUACAAUGUAUUCGUUCAACAGUCCUGUCGAUCCUUGCAUCUUGCGCCGCCAUUCUUGCUGGACGACUAUACUCCUCGCUAUAAUUUAAUCUCGUCCGUAGAUGCAGCGAAGAAGAGAUCCGCUGCCUACGCGCAUCUGCGAGAAUGCAACCUAUGUCCAAGGCUAUGUGGUAUAAAUAGGUAUGAAAAAACGGGCGUAUGUUUGAUUGGGGCAGAUACUGUUAAAGUAAACACUAUUGCGCCUCAUUUUGGAGAAGAGCCCGUGAUACAAGGCCAUAACGGUUCUGGAAGUGUUUUCUUCUCGGGUUGCAAUCUGCGUUGCGUUUUCUGUCAGAACUAUGAUAUUGCCCACCAGCAUAAUGGAUUUGAUCUCUCCCCAGAAGAGCUGGCUGAAUGGUUUAUCAAGCUCCAAGAAGUUGGCAAAGUCCACAAUAUCAACCUUGUAACCCCUGAGCAUGUUGUUCCACAGGUUGCACUGGCUAUUCUCCAUGCUCGCGAUAUAGGCCUUCGGGUACCUAUCAUCUACAACACCUCAUCGUUUGAUUCCUUGGAGUCGAUCACGCUCAUGGACGGACUCGUGGACAUCUACCUUGCAGACUUCAAGGUCUGGAAAGACUCUACGUCAAAAGGUCUACUAAAAGCAGACAACUACGCAUCAACCGCAAUGGAAAGUAUAAAAGCCAUGCAGGCCCAGGUUGGAGACCUUUGCUUUACUGGUGAUGGUAUCGCGAAGAAGGGCGUCUUGAUGCGUCACCUUGUCAUGCCUGGCAAGGAAGACGAAGGCGUAGAAAUCGUGAGGUGGCUUGCGGAAAACGUAUCGAAGGACAUGUAUGUCCAUAUCAUGGAGCAGUACUUUCCAAGAGCACAUGUAGGCAAACCGAAACGCCGCGGUGUGAAAGGCGUCACCCCUGGCGGUAUAGAGGCUAGCUCGGAGAGUGAAGUCAGAUACGAAGAUAUAAACAGAGCUGUCAAGAGCGAGGAACUGUCGACAGUGAAAAAGGCAGCGGUAGAUGCAGGUCUAUGGAGGUUUGUUGACGUGACUGAGCACGCUGGAUUCCAUAAUUGA